UCCCAGAACUCGGCGGUUGACUUGGAAUAACUUUCCACUUCUUCAUUGCCCGCGAAAGCUCUAAUCUUCUCUCUUCUUCGUGGCAAAAUCUCAAAACCAAGACUCAGUCUUCUUCUUGCCAUUCUUUCUUCCUCUUGCAUUAUUUUUAUCUGUCUGUCUGUUUGUCUGUCUUUAUCGUCAAAAAAGUAUUCUUUUCUGAAUACACAACGCAUUGAGUCGCAGAGACUUCGUACUGUUUGAUCCGGUAAAGAUUGACAAAGAGGACACCCGCUUAUCCCAGUUGAAAAAUCUCUAUGAUCAAUUAAUACUCAUAUAGAAAGCUUUUUCCUGUUUCUCUUCUUUCUUUCUUUGAAUCCUUGAAUGCUGGAUACAGCACCAACAACAAUAAGCUUAUCUUCCUGUCGUCUUUAUACAAUCGAACAGGAUUUUUUUUGAUGGGGAUUUGCUGGUGUUCUCCAGCUAGUGGUCCUACACCUACCACCACUGGUCAUCUUAGUUCAGUUGGGAUAUCUCAGACAACUAGCAAUACAACUUCUUCUCGGGCCAGCAACACAACAUCGUCCCGAAGCACCAAUACAGCAUCUUCUCAGGGAAGCAAUGUCUCUGGGAAUAGCAGAUUUUCUGGGAGAAGCGGUGAUGAGGCCUUUCCAAAUGGGCAGAUCUUGCCCACCCCCAAUUUGAGGAUAUUCUCUUUUGCAGAAUUAAAGGUUGCCACUAAGAAUUUCAGACCCGACACAGUGCUUGGUGAGGGAGGGUUUGGUAAAGUCUUCAAAGGUUGGCUUGAUGAGAAGGGAACAGGGAAAAGUGGAAGUGGAAAUGUAAUUGCUGUCAAAAAGUUGAAUUCUGAGAGCUUGCAAGGAUUUGAAGAAUGGCAGUCAGAGGUACAUUUCUUGGGAAGGCUCUCUCAUCCUAACCUUGUAAGGCUAAUAGGAUAUUGUUGGGAAGAUAAGGAGCUUCUCCUAGUUUAUGAAUUCAUGCAAAAGGGAAGCCUAGAAAACCAUCUAUUUGGAAGGGGUUCAACUGUUCAGCCACUUCCAUGGGACAUACGACUCAAAAUUGCUAUAGGAGCAGCGCAAGGCCUUGCUUUCUUGCAUACAUCAGAGAAGCAAGUGAUUUACAGAGAUUUUAAGGCCUCAAACAUAUUGCUUGAUGGGUCUUACACGGCCAAGAUUUCAGAUUUUGGUUUGGCAAAAUUGGGGCCUUCAGCUAGUCAAUCUCAUGUGACAACAAGGGUGAUGGGCACAUAUGGUUAUGCUGCGCCUGAGUAUGUUGCGACAGGGCAUUUAUAUGUAAAAAGUGAUGUGUAUGGUUUUGGGGUUGUCCUGGUUGAGAUUUUGACUGGUUUGCGGGCACUUGAUACAAACCGUCCAAGUGGAAAACAUAAUCUGGUGGAAUGGAUCAAACCAUAUUUAUGUGAUAAAAGAAAGUUGAAGAACAUUAUGGACUCUGGAUUAGAGGGGAAAUAUCCUUCGAAAGCAACAUUCAGAAUUGCUCAGCUUGCUCUAAAUUGUAUCGAAUCUGAACCUAAGCAUCGGCCAUCUAUGAAAGAAGUUGUGGAGACAUUGGAAGGAAUUGAAGCAAGUAAUGAAAGGCCGAGAGAGCCUAAAGUUCGUUCUAACCGCCAGCACACCCAACAACAUUUGCAGAAUCGUUCUUCACUUCAUCCAAGGCAGGAUGGAAAUCAAGCAUAUCAACAACCUCCGCGGGUGAGGUAACUAGGGUACAACUAUUUCCAAGUAAGCACAAAUCCUUAAGUUUUUGGUGGUUUGUCCAUCAAAUAUUUGUCAAAUCUUUAUUCAAGUAAUAUAGUAAAAUCUAUGGCGAGUUGUUGUAACGGUGACUUGAAUGGAGCGUUAGUGUAUUGGUGGUAAACCUGCAAUUAUUUUCUCUGGAAUGAAGAGGUGUGUUGAAAAGGAUGUAUGCAGAGUACUUGUACUAUUUUAGGAGGGGAAAUGAAUUCAUUGCUCCACUAUAAAACCCCUCCAUGAUAUCGAUUUCAGACGGUUGUACACAAAUCUGGUUGGGAUUUCAUUUGUGGUGCCAACAAUGAAAGAAAUUCAUUUCAUUCA